AUGUACAAGAAGAAAUGUGGAACAAGGCCUGUUAUGGAUGAGACAGUAUCAAUCAAUCGGAUUGUAGGAGGACGCGAUGCUCCACUUGGAGCAUGGCCAUGGCAAGUUAGUCUUCAAGUUUACAGCUUAGGUGUAGGAUACCAUCAUAUUUGUGGUGGAGUAGUAAUUACUAACAACUCAUUACUGACAGCAGCACACUGCAUUAAAAGAUGGAAGAGCCCAGAGUUUUGGAGAGCUGUAUUUGGCUUACAUCAUCUUUAUCAUCCUCAGUAUUACACUAGAGAGAGACAAAUCAAAAGAAUUAUAAUCCAUUCUCAUUUCAACAAGGAAACGUAUGAAAAUGAUAUUGCAGUAUUCAUAUUUAAAAAUCCUAUCAAAUUUAAUGAUUAUAUCCAGCCUAUCUGCUUAUUUCCAAGUUCUCUUUUUCUAGGGAAUGAUACUCUAUGUUAUAUAACAGGAUGGGGAACUGCAGAUGAGAAAGGUGAAAAAAAGCACAUAUUACAAGAAGCACGGGUUGAUAUUAUUCCACAAAGUAUCUGUAACAGAUAUGAUUGGUAUGGUGGAAUUGUAACAACAAAUAUGUUUUGUGCUGGCUCUGCAAGUGGAGCUGUGGAUAGUUGUCAGGGAGACAGUGGCGGACCGUUGAUGUGUUAUAUCCAAGAUGUGGCACAAUAUUAUCUGGUAGGAAUAACCAGCUUUGGCCGUGGUUGUGGCCGACCACAAAAUCCAGGGAUCUAUGUACGUCUAGAUAAUUACAGCAAUUGGCUAAAACCUUUUUUACAAAGCAGAACUACUACCAUGAACAUUCAUAGUGUUCUAAUAUUGUUGAUAUUAAGAUGUAUAACAUUCCAUAUUUCUCUGUGAAAA